CCCUCCAUUUCGGCCCGCCCCUCCUGUCCCCGGCGCGCGUCGCGGCGGCAUGCCAUGGGGACCGCGUCGUCUCUUGUGCGGCCCGCGGGCGGGGAGGUGAUUGAGGACACGUACGGCGCGGGCGGCGGUGAGGCGUGCGAGAUCCCGGUGGAGGUGAAGCCCAAGGCCCGCCUGCUGCGCGGCUCGCUCCGCCGGGGCGCUGGGGCCGGGCCCGGGGCGCAGGCGCGCGGCGCGGGCGGCGGCGGGCUGUUGGGGGCCAGCUUCAGGUCCACCGGCUCGUCGCUGCCCGAACUGGAGUACGCGGCGGCCGAGUGCGAGCGGCUCAGGAAGGAGUACGAGAUCUUCCGGGUCAGCAAGACCCAGGAGCUGUUGUCCAUGGGCCGCCGCGAGGCCAAGCUGGACACGGAGAACAAGCGGCUGCGGGCCGAGCUGCAGGCACUUCAGAAAACUUACCAGAAGAUACUUCGGGAAAAAGAAAGUGCUUUGGAAGCAAAAUACCAAGCAAUGGAGAGAGCAGCUACAUUUGAACAUGACAGAGAUAAAGUUAAAAGGCAAUUCAAGAUUUUUAGGGAAACCAAAGAAAACGAAAUUCAAGACUUACUAAGAGCCAAGCGAGAGCUGGAGAGCAAACUUCAGAGGUUGCAGGCUCAGGGGAUCCAGGUGUUUGAUCCUGGGGAGUCUGAUUCGGAUGACAACUGUACAGAUGUUACUGCUGCUGGGACCCAGUGUGAGUACUGGACUGGCGGAGCCUUGGGGAGUGAGCCCUCCCUAGGAAGUAUGAUCCAGCUUCAGCAGUCUUUCCGAGGCCCUGAGUUUGCCCAUAGUUCUAUAGAUGUGGAAGGACCCUUUGCAAAUGUCAACAGAGAUGACUGGGAUAUGGCUGUAGCUAGUUUGUUGCAGGUUACUCCCUUGUUUUCACACUCUCUAUGGAGUAACACUGUCAGAUGUUACCUCAUUUGUACAGAGGAGACCCAAGUGGAGAUGGAUCUUUUCCUUAAGGUCUAUUCACCUAAACUUAAAAGAAUGUGUGAGACAAUGGGAUAUUUUUUCCAUGCUGUUUAUUUCCCAGUAGAUGUUGAAAAUCAAUUCCUCACUGUAAGAAAAUGGGAAAUUGAGAAGAGUUCAUUAGUUAUUUUAUUCAUUCACGUAACGUUACCAAGCCUUUUAUUGGAAGACUGUGAAGAAGCUUUUCUGAAAAACCCUGAAGGAAAACCACGAUUAAUUUAUCAUCAUUUGGAAGAGGGGGAAGUCAGUUCUGACUCUGUGCAACAAUUGCUUGAUCAAGUUUCCAACCUAAAGACCAGCAAAGCCAAGAUCAUUGAUCAUGUGGGGGAUCCUGCAGAUGGAGUAUAUAAAACUUAUAUUUGUGUGGAAAAGAUUAUUAAACAGGACAUCUUAGGCCUUGAGAACACAGACCUGGAGUGUAAGGAUUUGGGCAAUGAAGAGUCCAUUCCAGAAAAAGACGACUUUGGUGAUGUUCUGUGGGACAUACAUGAUGAGCAAGAACAAAUGGAAGCCUUCCAGCAAGCUUCUAAUUCUGCCCACGAGUUGGGAUUUGAGAAAUAUUACCAACGCCUUAAUGAUUUAGUGGCAGCACCAGCCCCAAUCCCACCCCUUCUGGUGUCUGGAGGCCCUGGUUCUGGAAAGUCCCUUCUUUUAUCAAAGUGGAUUCAGUUACAACAGAAGAAUUCCCCUACCACACUGAUCCUGUCUCAUUUUGUGGGGAGGCCCAUGUCCACCAGCGCAGAAUCUUCCUUGAUUAUUAAACGACUCACUCUGAAGUUGAUGCAGCACUCUUGGUCAGUAUCUGCGAUUACGCUGGAUCCUGCUAAGCUUCUGGAAGAAUUCCCACGUUGGUUAGAAAAACUCUCUGCUCGUCAUCAAGGCAGCAUCAUCAUCAUCAUUGAUUCUAUAGAUCAAGUUCAGCAAGUUGAAAAACACAUGAAAUGGCUGAUAGAUCCUCUGCCAGUGAAUGUGAGAGUAAUUGUUUCUGUGAAUGUAGAAACCUGCCCUCCAGCAUGGAGGUUGUGGCCAACACUUCAUCUUGAUCCUUUAAAUCCAAAAGAUGCAAAAUCUAUUAUAAUUGCAGAAUGCCACUCUGUAGACAUUAAAUUGAAUAAAGAGCAGGAGAAGCAGCUGGAACGACACUGUCGUUCGGCUACAACCUGCAAUGCCCUUUAUGUCACGCUCUUCGGCAAAAUGGUCGCACGUGCUGGGAAGGCAGGGAAUUUAGAUAAAACCCUUCACCAGUGUUUCCAGUGUCAAGAUACUGCUUCGUUGUACAGGCUUGUUCUGCACUCCAUCUGGGAGUCCAUGGCAAAUGAUGGGGAUAAGGAACUAAUGAAACAGAUUCUCUGCCUCAUCAAUGUUAGUCACAAUGGUGUGAGUGAAUCAGAGCUGAUGGAACUCUACCCUGAAUUAUCCUGGGCUGUCUUGACCUCUCUUAUUCACAGUUUAUACAAAAUGUGUUUGUUAACUUAUGGUUGUGGCUUGCUCAGGUUUCAGAAUCUACAGGCCUGGGAAACAGUGAGGCUGGAGUACCUGGAAGGGCCCACGCUUACUUCUUCAUAUAGGCAGAAGCUGAUCAACUACUUCACCUUGCAGCUCAGUCAGGACAGGGUCACCUGGAGAAGUGCGGAUGAGCUCUUGUGGCUUCUUCAGCAGCAGGGGAAUAAGCAGCAGUUACACGAUGGCCUGCUCAACCUCCUCGUGUCUCAGAAUCUUUAUAAGAGAGGACACUUUGCUGAGUUGCUGAGUUAUUGGCAGUUUGUUGGCAAAGACAAAAGCGCGAUGGCAGCAGAAUACUUUGAGUCAUUGAAGCGGUAUGAGAAAAACUGUGAUGGCGAGGAGAACAUGAUUUGCUUAGCUGAUCUUUAUGAAACCCUGGGGCGGUUUCUCAAGGACCUAGGCCUCCUCAGCCAGGCUGUAGUACCUCUGCAGAGGUCUCUAGAAAUUCGCGAAACAGCUUUAGAUCCAGAUCACCCGAGAGUAGCUCAGUCCCUUCACCAACUAGCAAGUGUGUAUGUGCAGUGGAAGAAGUUUGGCAAUGCAGAGCAGCUGUACAAACAGGCCCUGGAAAUCUCGGAAAACGCCUAUGGUGCAGACCAUCCACGCACUGCCCGGGAACUUGAGGCACUUGCGACUUUGUACCAGAAACAGAAUAAAUAUGAACAAGCUGAACAUUUUAGGAAAAAAUCCUUUAAAAUUCGUCAGAAAGCUACAAGGAGAAAAGGCAACCUGUAUGGAUUCGCCCUUUUGCGUAGGCGGGCCCUGCAGCUGGAAGAGUUGACUCUGGGUAAGGACACGCCUGAUAAUGCGCGGACCCUCAAUGAACUGGGUGUGCUGUACUAUCUACAGAACAACCUGGAGACAGCUGACCAGUUUCUGAAGCGGUCCUUGGAAAUGCGGGAGCGCAUUCUAGGGCCGGAUCACCCUGACUGCGCCCAGUCCCUCAAUAACUUGGCGGCUCUGUGCAAUGAAAAGAAACAGUAUGAGAAGGCGGAGGAGCUUUACGAGAGGGCGCUGGACAUCCGGAGGCGAGCGCUGGCUCCUGACCACCCUUCUCUGGCCUACACCGUGAAGCAUCUUGCAAUCUUGUAUAAAAAAAUGGGAAAACUGGACAAAGCAGUACCUUUGUAUGAAUUGGCUGUUGAAAUUCGACAGAAAUCUUUUGGUCCAAAGCACCCUAGUGUAGCCACUGCCUUGGUGAACUUAGCAGUUCUUUACAGCCAAAUGAAAAGACACAAGGAAGCCUUGCCAUUAUACGAAAGAGCAUUAAAGAUCUAUGAAGAUAGCUUGGGUCGGAUGCAUCCUCGAGUUGGAGAAACAUUAAAAAAUUUAGCUGUGCUUAGCUAUGAAGAAGGGGAUUUUGAAAAAGCUGCUGAGCUAUACAAACGGGCUAUGGAAAUAAAAGAAGCAGAAACAUCACUCUUGGGUGGAAAAGCUCCUUCGCGACAUUCGUCGAGUGGAGACACCUUCAGCUUAAAAACGGCUCACUCGCCUCACGGUUUCAUCCAUCAAGGCCAGAAGUAACGGCAGAACUCACAGCCCUUUGCCCAUGUAACGUAGAAUGAAAACAACAUUCAGCACAUUGGAAAACAAAAAUGUCAACAGUAUUUAUUUGUGCUAAUGACUUUAUAUGAAAUUGCACGGGACUCUGUUAAGCGUGAGUUGGGCUUGUGUCUGACUUCCCUACUGUGUGAGAUCCAAGGAUGCAGAUGCUAGCCCUGCAUGCUGACCAGCAGUGAGUAUGAGGCCUGCAUCUCUUGCUGCGCAGUUACACACGGAGUCAGAAUCCAUGCACGGCUCCUCAAGCUCCCUUAGCCAUGUCUUUGUUUCUCAGCAGUAGUCUGACACAAUUCUCUACCUCAAAGAGUUUCAAGGAUUUAAAGAGAUAAUGUUUAGGAAGGUAUGAAUUGUUUUCAGUGAAAUAAAUUGCUCAUAGCAUUUGGGAUUACUUUUUUUUUUUUUAUUCUGUCAACAGAUGAAGAUCAACUGCUUUCUGUGCUCAUUGUGCAUGCAUUGGCUCAACCCCACAGACAACAGCCAUACCAGGGCAGGCUCUGUAGAUUUGAGCUGUCCCAAAAUAUGGACCUAACAUUCUCCUCUGCUCUCAUAAGUGGCCUAAAUCUGUCUCCUUUACCUCAAACUCAAAUUAGUCUGGUACUUUUAUAUUGAAAGCUAAAUAUUUUUUACAGUUGUAUAAGUAUUGCCACAGUUUGGAUACUGUUUUAUACCUUUUAUAUUAUUUAUACAUAAAAUCAAUGUUAAUAUGUGUAAGAUUUCAACAUGUAUUAUAAAGAUGAAAGAUGUAAUAACUAUACUUUGCUAUUUAAAAUAAAGUGCAAUUCCAAGUUCUCUGUUCCCCACUCUGGUUUAUAAAAGGUUAUAUUUUGCAUAAUUAUUUAAGAAAUACUCUGAACAAAAUAAGAGGUAAAUGGUUUUAAUAACCCCUAAAUAGUUUGUCCCACCUGAAGAACUCUGUAGGGUUUUGGUUAAUAUUCACAGAGUGAUGCCCAGACCACAUCACCACCACCUGGGGCUUAUGAAAAAUCCAGACUCUCAGGGUUGUCUCCAGCCCUGCUAAUCAGCAUGUGCAUCUUAGCCAGGUUCUCAGGGGAUUCAUAUGCUUGUGAAGCAAUGGCCUAAUUCUGAGCAUGACAGUGGUAAGUUAGGCAGGAUCUUGAAAAAAAAUGAGCACCCUGCUUAUCCUUUUUGAGAGAAGUUCAAGAGGAAAAAAACCUAAAAAGAUAAAAUAGGAACAUAUUUUCUUUACUACUUAAAAACAUUUAGUAGGACUGUAAGUCGAUUACCAAAGUUGAAUGACUUGUCAACUAUAACUCAUCUCUGUGCUAAGGCAAUUUGGGGGCUGCUUUUCCAUUUUUUUGCAUUAGAAUCACCAGUAUUUACAAGCCUAGUCAAACAUGAGGGCUUUAUUCUAGAAAUAGCUGCCUACUUAGAAAGGUUUCCAUGGCAUGCAGACUGUCAAGUGGGCACUUCAGGUAGCAACAAAUGCCUGUUACUAGAUUUUUUUUUUCCCCUGGUAAAAUAACCCAGCCAUCUUUAAUGAAAAAUACUGCACAAAAAAAUUGAUGAUCUGGGUGCAGUGUAAGAUACCAGCAGUGAUGCAGUACCAAGUUAAAAGUAGAUACUUUAUCAGAACACAGAAUUUUGUAUGUAAAACCUUACCAGAUUUGUGUGUCGGAGAUUUCAUUAUUCAGAAAGACUGCAUUUCAUUUUGCAAAUUCAAAGCAUCUCUAAGCAACUAGAAAAGUGAUGUUUCAACACACCAUUUAAAAAUGGUAGAAGACUUAACCAGGAAAAUAUAAGCUUCAAGGCUAGAAAAACUACCCCCCUCUUUACUGAAUUCACUUUAAACGUAAGAAUUAACAGUACAGUCUUAGAAUCUUAAAACUAAUACACUGAACAUAUUUGAGACUUUCUGAAACUAAUUUUCAGAUCUUAAAAUGGGAAAUAUACUUUUAGUUUUUCACUAACAUUUUCUCCCUAGAGAUCAGCUUGGAUAUUAAUAUCUUCAAAGUAAGAAUCAUCAGAAUAAGAGAUUAGCAUAAGGGCCGGUGCUGUGGCGCAGUGGGUUAAAGCCCUGGGCGCUGGAUCUAGUCCCGGCUACUCAUCUUCCAAUCCAGCGCUCUGCUUGUGGUCUGGGAAAGUAGUAGAAGAAGUAGUAGUAGAAGCAGUAGAAGAAGUAGAAGAAGUCCUUGGGCCCCUGCACCCACGUGGGAAACCUGGAAGAAGCUCCUGGCUCCAAGCUUUGGAUGGGUGCAGCUCUAGCCGUUGUGGCCAUCUGGGGACUGAACCAGUGGAUAGAAGACCUCUCUGUCUACCUCUCUCUGUAACUCUUUCAAAUAAAUAAAAAUAAUUAAAAAAAAAAA